GUUUUCCACGGCAUUCUUUGUUAAUUUCUCAUGUCAAAAAUAUCCUGAUGGCGUUACUUAAAUAGAAAGGUCAUAGAAAUGUCUCUGGAAAACGAUGAAUUUGACGAAUCAAUUCAAAGCAGCCCCCGAAGUCCCAGCUUAUUUUUGCUUCUUUUCCUCAUCUAUAGCUCACCCUCAUUUAUUCCGAUCCAUGUUUCAUCUCCCCGCGCUUUUCUCCCAUUCAGGCCUUGACUGGCUUUCACUGCGUCUGUUGGCAUAAUUUCCGAGGAAAUUCGGACUCAUUUCGAGUACAGUUGUUGAGAAUCCGUCGAUCGCUCGAUUGAUUGAUUGAUUGCUGGUUGCCCGGGAAAGAUGAGUUUCGGAAGAGAAGGCCUGGUCGCAGGCUCGUUUCUCGCCGUCAUGGGCAUAGCGGGUCUGGUCGUGUUUCCCCUCUUGUACACGUCUUACUACUCCUUGACCCGUCCGAGUGCCAUGUACUGGGCAGCCGUGGACGCGAACCCCGACGGGAUGCGGGUUAAGAUUUACUUGGUGCACUUUGUGGAAGAGGCGCCGCGUCGUCGAGUCGAGGAAAUUUGGCGCUGCGACUUCGACCCUGUCGAUCCGAUCGUUCGACCCAAAACUAUUCGAGCGAAUACGGAAGAAUGCGCGAAAAGCGCCAACGUGCCCAAGGAUAUUUCCGGCCUGGAAUCCAUUCCGGUCAUUGCCCGUGGCACGUCAUCGUACCGGCCCGAACCCCCGGACCCGAUUGCGUCGUCGCCCGAUGACUCGAACUCGACUCUGCUGCUUCUGCAGCAGGUUGAAGAGCCGACCCGGGCCCAACUCCAAGUCGAGGGUGCCAGGCUGAAGAGAACCCUGGAGAAGGUCGGGAUGAAUGUACGGAGUGCCCGGGUGUUGGGACCCCGCGACGCCGUGGUGCUCAAGUGGCUGGCGAUUAAUCACGAUGCCUUUCGCCGGAAUCCCAGCACGGCCCUCAAUUCCGGACUGAUUGAUCUCGGGGGAUUGAACGCCGAUAUCGCCUAUAGUGGGUAUGGGGCAUUCAACGACGACGCCACGGGUUCCGACGACGAGGAUGACGGUGUCGUGGAUAGAUAC